AUGGUUGCCGUCUUUGGUAAAGCCUGUGAGAAAAAUUGGUCUUCCACUAAAUCUCAUAACGAUGUUCAUGAGAAACUGAUUGGUUAUGUACGCUCCAGCGUUCAACAGAAUGAAUAUCUCCGAGUGUUCCAGUUACGUGUGUUUGGAUCAGGAAAUCAACGUGAUUCCGUGGCAGACCUUGGCUUCACGAUCCCAAGGAGCCGCAAUGGCCCAACCAGCAAGUCUCGAAAAAGAGAGGAGAAAUUGGAGAUUGUGCUAGCACCAGCAGAAUUGGUGAAGACGAGUUGUCCAAGUAUCCAAGUACCCACAAUUAGAACGAUAUAG